GAGUAUUGACAGAUCAUGGUGAGGUAGCCGAGAUCCAAAUCAAGAUGAUAUCAAUACAUACUAAUUAGGUGACAUUUAAGAAACAAAAAUAUUCUUCUUGUCUCCUUCAUUUGUUUGCUAUAUAUAUGAAGCAAAAAAGCCAACCAAAACUCAAGUAUUCAAAUAAACUCUUGUAUAUUUUCACCUUCUAAACUUCUGCUUUCUGAGAAGAAAAAAUGGCAAUCAUUGAAACAAACACAAAAAGCUCUUUGCAUCUUCGCAGUAACAGCUUACCAUCCACAUCUCACCCUCUUAUAUCACAAUUUGAGGACCAUUUGCAGAGAUUGAAGACUUCCGAAGGUGCCUCUUCAGAGUCAUCAUCUUCGAUAUCCAACAAACUUAAUGGCAUGCAGGACUUGCAUGACUGCAUUGAUAUGUUGCUUCAAUUGCCAAUUGGACAACAAACCUUAGCACAGGAGUGCAAUGAAAAAUGUGUCGAUGACCUACUAGAAGGAUCACUUAGGAUCUUGGAUAUCUGCAGUAUAGCUAAGGAAUGCCUUUUGCUAUCAAAGGAAAACAUGCAUGAACUACAAUCAGUCAUCAGAAGAAAGAGAGGAAUUGAAACCGGAUUCAAAGUUGAGUGUGUAAAAUACAUGGCUUUGAGGAAGAACAUGAAGAAGCAAAUUCGGAAGGCGUUGGCAAAUUUGAAAGCAACGAAGUUGAUUGCUUCUUCUUCAAACAACAAAGACAAUAACUCAUCACCUAUGUUAGGAUUCUUGAAAGAAGCAGAAACAAUCACUAUAACCUCACUUGAACAUUUGUUGCUGUUUAUCUGUAAUCCAAAAGGACACUCAAAUAACAGAAGAUGGUCAGCAAUAUCCAAGUUGAUGCAUUCUAAAAGAGUAGUUUGUGACUCUCAAAAUUCAGACACAAAUGAAUUUGAGAAAGUGGAUGCAGCUUUGUUGUCUCUCAUCAGCCACAAGUCUUCAUCUACUGAAAAUUUUCAGAGUCAUUUGGAAGAUUUGGAGAUGUGCAUUCAAGAUCUAGAAACAGGAGUUGAACAAAUAUCAAGAAAAUUAAUUAGAAAUAGAGUUUCACUUCUUAACAUCUUCAACCACUAAUCAUAGUGUCUAAAUGAUUAUUGUGCACUCAAAUUUUGCACCAUGAGUGUUACAUAA